GUCAAACUCUCGCCUGUGGGACUCGGUCUCCAUGGCAACAAGCUGAGAGGCGCUUGAGGCGCAGAGGAUUGUCGGGAGCGCUGCGAACCCGCAACAUCGGGGACACCAUGUCCGUGAUUGUGGCUCAGUCUCUCCACAUCUUUGGGCUCCGCUCUCGAGUCGCAAACAAUGUUUGUUACUUUGAUGAACAGAUAAUAAUAUACCCCUCGGGGAACAGCUGUGUGAAAUACCACCUAGAGCAGAAAUGGCAGAAAUUCAUCCAAGGAUCUGAGAAGAGUCAGGGGAUGUUAGCAUUGGCCAUGAGUCCAAAUCGACGCUACCUGGCUAUCUCUGAGAUAGUGCAAGAGAAACCCACUAUCACAAUUUAUGAAUUGUCGUCUGUCCCAUGUAAAAAGCGGAAAGUACUUAGUGUCUUUGACUUCCCUGUUCAGGAAUUUGUCAGCCUAGCCUUUUCUCCUGAUUCUAAGUAUCUGGUGGCCCAGACCGGACCCCCUGAGUCAAACCUUGCCUAUUGGAUGUGGGAGAAGCAGAGAACAAUGGCAGUUGUCAAAGCCGACAUCCAGAACAACCCUGUCUAUCAGGUGAGCUUCAAUCCCCAGGAUAACACCCAGGUUUGUAUCACUGGAAAUGGCAUUUUUAAACUUUUCAGAUACACUGAGGGAACCUUGAAACAGACCAACUUUCAGAGGGGAGAGCCUCAGAACUACUUGUCCCAUGUCUGGCUCACUGAGGACAGGGUUAUGGUCGGCACUGACACAGGCAAACUCUUUCUCUUUGAGUCUGGAGAUCUGCGCUGGGAGACAAGUAUAGAAUGCAAAGAACCUCCCAGUGAAGUGGAAAAGGAUGAGCUGGCACAUGAAUCUGAGAGCCUCAUUGAAUUUCCUACUGCCAGUUCCCCUGAUCUCUCCAGUGAGAUGCUUUGUGAAGCUGUUGGCCAACAGCAGGCUUCCUUGCCUCAAAUCUCUGCCAUUGCUGCUUAUUCCAAAGGUUUUGCAUGUUCAGCUGGGCCAGGAGUUGUUCUACUGUUUGAGAAGACUGAAGAGAAGGAAGGUUACAGGGAGAACCGAGAAAUCCGGAUUCCCCAGGAUCAGCGCAGCAGUGACCCAAAUCAGUCAGACAAGCAGGAUGUUAUGUGCAUGUGUUUUAGCCCUUCAGAGGAAACGCUACUCAUUAGCACCAGUAAAAAUCAGCUCUACAUCUUUACCAUGUCCUCAACUGAGAUAAUUAAGGGGGAACCAGCUCACUUUGAGUAUCUGAAUUUCCCAUUACAUUCUGCUGCCAUCACUGGACUGGACACCUGUAUCCGUAAACCCCUCAUUGCUACUUGUUCCCUGGACAGAUCUGUACGCAUCUGGAACUAUGAAACCAACACUUUGGACUUGUAUAAGGAGUACCAGGAAGAAGCAUAUGCAGUUUCUCUUCAUCCCACUGGCCUUUACGUUUUGGUUGGGUUUUCUGACAAACUACGGCUUAUGAACCUGCUAAUUGAUGACAUCCGUACUUUUAAGGACUUCACUGUGAGAGGGUGCAGAGAGUGCACCUUCAGUAAUGGGGGUCAUCUUUUCGCUGCAGUUAAUGGAAAUGUGAUUCAUAUUUACUCCACCACCAGCUUUGAGAAUGUUAAUAAUCUGAAAGGACACAAUGGGAAGGUCCGCUCAGUCAUAUGGAGUGCAGAUGACAAUAAGUUGAUUUCCUGUGGCACAGAUGGUGCAGUGUAUGAGUGGAGCUUGUUGACGGGUAAGAGGGAGUCAGAGUGUGUGCUCAAGUCCUGCAGCUACAGCGGUGUUGCCAUCUCCCCUGAUGCCAAAAUCAUCUUUGCUGUUGGAUCUGACCAAACGCUCAAGGAAAUUUCGGAUUCUUCGAUCCUGCGUGAAGUGCCUACUUUUGAUGUUACUUAUACUGCAAUAGUUGUGUCUCAUUCUGGGCGCAUGGUGUUCACAGGCACUUCAGUGGGGACCAUCCGAUCUAUGAAAUACCCACUGCCUCUGCACAAGGAGUUCAAUGAGUAUCAGGCCCAUGCUGGCCCUGUUACCAAGAUGUCCAUAACAUGUGAUGACCAAUUUCUGCUGACCGUCUCAGAAGAUGGCUGCCUGCUUAUCUGGAAAGUGUAUGAUAAGGAAGGACGGGGUCUGAAACGGGAGAAGGAAGUGGGAUAUGCUGAAGAGGUGCUGAUCACAAAAACAGAUAUGGAAGAGAAGACUCAAGUCAUGCUAGAACUGAAGACUCGUGUGGAGGAGCUGAAGAUGGAAAAUGAGUACCAGCUACGACUCAAGGACAUGAACUACAAUGAGAAGAUGAAGGAAUUAACUGAAAAAUUCAUCCAAGAGAUGGAGUCCCUUAAAACCAAAAAUCAGGUGUUAAAGGCAGAGAAAGAAAAGCAGGAACUGCAGUACCAGGAGCAGCUGUCUGAGCUGAUGGAAAAACAGUCCAGGGAGGUGCAGGACCUAGAAUCUGGCAACAACCAGAAACUUUUGUUAGAGUAUGAAAAAUACCAGGAGCUGCAAGUGAAAUCCCAGCGGAUGCAGGAGGAAUACGAGAAGCAGCUACACGAUAUGGAGGAGACCAAGAACCAGGCCCUGGAGGAACUGACAGAAUAUUAUGAGGCAAAACUGCAUGAGAAAACCACCUUGCUGGAGGAGGCACAGGAUGACGCCAGGCAGCAGCUUCGAGAGUUUGAAGAAACGAAGAAACAGAUUGAAGAAGAUGAAGAUCGGGAAAUCCAGGAAAUCAAAAUUAAGUAUGAGAGACGACUUCGGGAAGAGAGAGAAGCAAACCUGCGGCUGAAAGGAGAGACAGGAAUCAUGAGGAAAAAGGAGAAGCGGAUUUAUGACCUAAAAAAGAAAAACCAGGAGCUGGAAAAGUUCAAGUUUGUACUGGAUUAUAAAAUAAAGGAGCUGAAGAAGCAAAUAGAACCCCGCGAGAAUGAUAUCAAAGCAAUGAAGGAGCAGAUCCAGGAGAUGGAGGGAGAACUGGAACGUUUCCACAAGCAGAACAUGCAGCUGGAACUGAACAUCACAGAGCUGCGACAGAAGCUAAAGGCCACUGACCGUGAGAUGCACAAGGAGCAGCAGAAGGAGCGAGACAUGGAAGCUCUUGUCAAGCGGUUUAAAACAGAUCUUCAUAACUGCGUGGGCUUCAUCCAGGAGCCCAAAAAACUGAAGGAGGGGAUCCGGGAACUCUACGACAAAUACGUGCAGCAGGCAGACAUGGUGGAAAUUGUGGGGGUUGACACAGAUCUGCAGCAGGAGUACACCCGGCAGAGAGAGCAUCUUGAGAGGAAUCUGGCAACACUGAAGAAGAAGGUUGUGAAGGAAAGUGAGAUCCACCGAGCUGAUAAUGUGCGCAUCAUGCAGGAAAAUGUGAGCCUGAUUAAGGAAAUUAACGAAUUGCGGAGGGAACUGAAGGUGACCCGCACCCACGUGCAUGAUCUCCAGGCAGCACUAGGACUAAACAGAAAAAACAAGAAGCAAGGGAUCCCAGACACAGUUCCUUCCCAUGAACUGCUGCCCAGUCCCGGUGUGCUGAGGUUGAAUGUAGAAGAGGAAACAGAAAGAAUCAUAGAAAUGCAACGGCUGGAAAUCAAACGCCUUCGAGACCAAAUCCAAGGGCAGGAGCACAUCCUUGCUCUUCGGCCUCUGUCAGGUGGGAGGCUUCCCAUGCUGGAGAUUGAAAGGAGCCAUGGGACACAGCCACAAUGAUGCAAUCUACGGAAAUGCUACAUGAUUGCUUCUACUGAGAGGAUUAGAAAUCCUGGAACCAGAUCAGACUAUUUUUGCCUGUUCUGUCCUGUAACCUUCCCUGUUAACCAAAUACUCCCCAACAAAAUACUCUCUGCCUUAAUCUCCUCCCCUCUGAGAAAGAGACACCCCAAACAUGCACGCACACACACCCUCUCUGUGCUGCAAUCACCCCUCUGAACAGGAGGUUCACUGCACACACACACAUACUCUUUGCUGCACUCUCCCCUCUGAACAGAAGCUGAGCUGAGAGGAACGGAAAUAAUAAAUGUGCGAAUGCAGAUAGCACCAUCUGAAUGGUGUGUGUGCAGAUCUCUGGGGAAGCAAGGGUCACUGAAAAAUCAGAUGCCACAGUUCAGAGGGGUUAAAUAAAUACUGUAAAUCUCUUGUGGUUUAGUGUGAUAUAGUGCUGGCAGGUUCUCCAGAGCCCUUUAUUCUGAAAUGCUGAAUGACUAGUCAAUGCACAGUGACAUCCACACAGGACAUAAGAGAGAUGGGAAUAAGAACAGUGAAAUCUGUUCUAAGCAACUUCCCAAAUUACUGGCAAAAUUUUGUCGUCCUGUAAAGAUGGUCUUUAGCUAGUGGUCAGACAAAAUCAGCCAACAGUCUGUAUGGUCUGGUACCUAUACAUGUAUCAGCUUACUCACUGCAGAGCAGUCAUCAUCCACAAAAUAUACCAUGAGUCAGGAAAGAGCCCCAGUAUCAGCAUACAAAAUCUGCCUCUCAACCCAAGCCUCUUGUUUCACCUCUUCUGUUAUAUUGAUCUCCUGCUUAUCUCCAUGCCUUCCUCCUAACAUCUGAAACUCCCUUUUAUCGCAGAUAUAUAGGGCAACUACUCUUGCUUUUUUCAAACUGUUCUUGAAGAGUCACUUCUCAAUGUAACCCCAUUUUUUAAAGUUCUGUCACAAACCUAACAACGAAUAAAAACUACAAGAUUUCUACAUUUUCAG